AUGUCGGUGCCUGCUGGUAAAGACCGCCAACUUCUCGGUGUUAUUUGCAAGGAUGACACCAAGCGGGAACAGAUCGGCAAGGAGCUUCGAGAGGUUGCUGAGCACACCAAGACCACCGGUUUCAUUCCAACACGACAGGUCAAAUCUGCUCAUGAUUCUCCCAGCGUCUUGAGAGCUACUAAGAUCAAUAUCAAAAGGGAGAGCCAGGCCAAUGCUCAGGAAAAGCCUCGAGAUGCAGAUCAGAAACCAUGCAACCCGCCCCAGAACGCUCCCAAAGGCCCAUCUUCGACACGCACUUUCGCUCAAUCAUUCAGCGCAACCGUAAAGAAAGCUUUGAACCUGAAAAGCUCCGAGCCAGGUGCUUGGUCUCAAUCCAAAAGUUGGACCAGCUUCGCUACAAAGGAGCGUCAGGCAUUUCAGAAGAUGAUGGCCAACCUGCGCUACAUGAGCGCCGACCAAUCCCCAUUUGUUCCUCAAAGCCCGGCAGAGCUGACGGCUUUCAAAGCCUCCCUGGCGGAAUCGAAGACGAAGAAGCUUGGACAAGAGGUACAGCAGCGUCUCGCAGAGACUAAUGCCAAGGACGUCGAAGGCGCUGGGGAUAAGAACGGAACCCCGAUGAAACUUUUGGGUGGUAAGAAAUUCGAGGACCAACUUUCACCUGUUUUUGCAGCCGUUAACUGCUUCAACAAAGCACGGAUGACGCCGCCUUAUGGAGCCGAGUGGCCGUCCCUCGCAGAACUGAAGGAAGAGGGAGACAAACGUGCCAAUCGAGAAGGCCGGUGCUUGCCUCUUCCUCGAAUGGGUCUUGUCGCUCACAGAUUCUUGCACUGGGAUGAUGAAGCUUAUGACUCGGAUGGGUCGAUUCAGUGGGACAAGAAGGUUGUUCAAGUCAAACUCGGUUCACUUUGCCCUGUUACCGGACAAGAGCCUUCUAUGUUUCCACCAACUGAGCUUCAAACUGAGGAGGCUCUGUUCUUACCUGCUGAUUUGCUUCAUGAUAUUGACGCAGUCGAUAUCGAGAAAGAAGAUAAUGAGAAGGAGGGCAAGGACAAGGACGGAAAGGACGGAAAGGACUUGAAGAAGGACAAGAAAGCUGAAAAGAAGGAAAUUUCAAAGUAG